ACGUGACCCCAAGUGGUCCUGCUCCGUGAGCACCAUGGCGGCCGCUGGGCAGCUGUCCCGCUUCUGGGAGUGGGGGAAGAAUAUCGUGUGCGUGGGGAGGAACUACGCGGACCACGUGAAGGAGAUGCGGAGCACCGUGCUGAGCGAGCCGGUCCUCUUCCUGAAGCCGUCCACCGCCUACGCCCCCGAGGGCUCGCCCAUCCUGCUGCCCCCCUACAGCCGCUGCGUGCACCACGAGCUGGAGCUGGGCGUGGUGAUGGGCGCGCGCGGCCGCGCCGUCCCCGAGGCCACGGCCCUGGACUACGUGGCCGGUUAUGCCCUGUGCCUGGACAUGACCGCCCGGGACGUGCAGGACGAAUGCAAGAAGGAAGGGCUGCCCUGGACUCUGGCCAAGGGCUUCACGACCUCCUGCCCCGUCAGCGCGUUCGUGCCCAAAGAGAAGAUCCCUGACCCUCACAACCUGAAGCUGUGGCUCAGGGUCAACGGCGAGCUCCGGCAGGAGGGUGAGACGUCCUCCAUGAUUUUUUCCAUCCCCUACAUCAUUAGCUACGUUUCUAAGAUAAUUACCUUGGAAGAAGGAGAUAUUAUCUUGACCGGGUCGCCGAAGGGAGUGGGUCCUGUUAAAGAAAAUGAUGAGAUCCAAGCUGGCAUACACGGGGUUGUCAGUAUGACAUUUAAGGUGGAAAAGGCGCAAUAUUGAGUCAACACAAAGCAACCUAACUUCUUAAGUUUCGGGAGAGAAGGGAGCAAGACAGAAGCAAGCAAAGGUUAGUAAAUGUUGCAAGCCCUUAAUGAGAAGUCAGAAAAUGGUUUGAUCAGAUUACUGUGCCUCAGCUCAAGGAAGAUGGACCCUUCAAGACAAACUUGAUGUAGAACAGCUGAGCAGGUCAUGGAAACAAGAAACAGGGUCUUCUGGGAGACAACCAGAGUCAAGGAUUGAAGAGGCUCUGAAGAAGAGAAAUUAUUAAACCAAAUGUCCCAGAAGACUGAUGGUAGUCUCUGUCUCUGUUCCUAAAGUUGGACUGGAUAAGACUUUUAAAUGGGAUGUCACUAAGUUCAGAGUUUGGAAGAUAAUUUUGAAAUUGGUUUCCAAAUAAAUGUGCUGGAUAAGACUUUUAAAUGAGAUGUCACUAAGUUCAGAGCUUGGAAGAUAAUUUUGAAAUUGUUUUCCAAAUAAAUGUGCUAUCCUUUGUGUGA